AUGGCUCCUCCGCCGCCGCUACCUCCUCCCGGAAGCGUCAAGGUAACUGUGAAUCUGGGCGAGAAGAAGAAGCGCCACCACCACUCGAAGAAGAAGAGCCAGGCUGCUCUGGAUUCCCGGGUGACCUACACCGGGAAGGACGUCUUCGGGGACAUCACCCUAAACCCAAAGAGACAUAAGGUGGCACCCGGGGGUUCUACUCCCUCACUGUCCAUGUUUGCCCCUCCCCUUCCUACCAUCUUGAAGACCCCCAUCAAGAAGGUCCUCGAUGAAUAUGGUUGUGCAGACGAGAAGUUCGUGCACGCUAUGAUCUGGGACCUGAAGGGUAUUGACCUCGACCGGGCUCUCUUUGUGAUGUACUCUAUCGAUGCCAACGAGGAUACCCUUGAACUCAAGCAUGCAGCAGGUGGCCAAGCUGAACGGUCACGUGAGCUAUCUUCAGACUGAGAAGGGGUCUUUGGAGAAGGAGAAGAACACGUUGGCCGAGAAGCUGGCAAUGCUGCAGCUG